AUGACGAGGCAGAAUGCAUCUCUCGCGGGAGCACUGAAGGCGAGCGAGAGUGCCCGCGAUCUCAAGGUUCACGAGAUGGAGAUGCAAGUCAAGCGACUGAAGGACGAGCUCAACGCAAGGGUGAGCGAGCUCACGUCGGAGCGCGCAGCAGCGCACAAGCGGCAGGAAAUGCUUGACAAGCGGCACGAGAGCAUGGCGAAGGAGGGCCUGGCAGUCAAAGGCGAGCUGGCCGAGCUUCGAGCAGAGCGGGAGAAGCUGUUGAAUGCGCGGCGUCAGGCGAGGGAGGCGCUCGGGGAGAUGGCGGAGCAGAACACCCGCCUGGUCAACGCCUUCGUCGAGAAGAAGGAGGAGACGUCGCGCCUGCGCGCGGAGCUGGACCAAGUGCGGCAGGACGCUCGUUCGCAAGCUGCGGUGAUGAAGGCCGCCCUUGCAGCCGCGCAGGCCGAGGCAGAGUCCCUUCGACGGUGCUUGAAGCGUGCGGAGACAUCGCGCUUCAACGCCGAGGGCUCCGCCAGGCCUGGUACGGACGGCGCAGCACAGGACCCGCACGGAACACAGUCUGGUGCUGCAGGGCUCAGCGACCCGCCCGAUGGCACGGCGAGGUGGCGUGCAGAACGCAACAGAUGGGAUCAGGAGCGGAAGCGCUGGCAGGACGACCGCAACGCGUUGCUUCAGGAGCUGGAACGAAUCCGACAGUGGGCCUCUACGGCCCCGUCCAAGGAGCAGCCCGACGCGAAGCCCCGUGACACCAGUGUUGAGUCAAGCCAGGGAUCAGUGCACGAGUGCGCGGACUCGGCGGGGGGAGGGGAGUCGCAUGAAUCCGGGCAGUCCCCCCGGCGAUCGUCUCCACCGGCGGCGACGCCGCACCCGAAAGAGUCGCCGCAUCACCGUGGGAGGCAUGAGCAGAGCACGCGCAAGGCCCCCGACACCGAGCACCGAGGGGCGGGUGUCGCACCCAGGACGCCCAACCCGUACAUGUUUCCGGGAUCGCACGUCAAGUCGGACGUAUCCUCCUCGUACGAGCAAGCCUCGUCGGCGACGACGCGCGCCGCGAACAAGGACGAAGAAGUCUCAAGUAGCCAAUCCGGGCUCGGGAACGACUGCUCCGGGGGAAGAUCGUCGCGCCCGCGGUCCUCCAAGCCGGAGCAGCACAAGGAGAAGGGGAACCAGCUGUUCCGCGCAUCUCGGUACGAAGAGGCCAUCACGGAGUACGCUGCGGGCUUGCGGGAACUCUCUGGCUCGGAGAGUCAGAAAGUGUUGCGCGCCGUGCUGCACUGCAAUCGCGCAGCAGCUCAUCAGGCCAUGGGCGCCCACGUGGAGGCUCUGUACGACUGUGAAAUGGCGUUGGCUCUGCAGCCUUCCUACCGGCGCGCUCUCCAUCGUCGCGCGGCCUCGCUGGCGCACAUCGGGGACUUUGCAUCAGCGGUGCAAGACCUGCAUGACCUCCGGCAGAAGCAAGGGGGCAGUCUGAGCCCCGGAGCAUCCGGGCGCCUGACGGAGUGGCGAACGCACGCGGGGCUUCAGGGCGAGUGUGCUUACUACGCUGUGCUCGGACUGACACAGGGCGCCACCGACAGAGACGUGCGCGUCGCGUAUCGCCGGCUCGCGAUGCGCCUGCACCCUGACAAGGCGCAGUCCUCUGCGGAGAGGGUUGCGGCGGACAGCGUGUUCAAGCGCGUGACGGAGGCGUACAACGUUCUGUGCGAUCAUGAGCGUCGGCGCCAGUACGACCAACUGCUUGCGCGGCAACGGCUGCGGCGAGCGUUCUCGACCUUUCGGUAG